AACGGCGAACAGCAAGUGAACAGAAACCUGACGCUGCAGACCGUUAACAAGAGAAGGAUGACUGGCUAAAAACAGGAACCAUUUCAGGAUCUUUAAACUUUGAAAGGUUUGACAUUGAACAAUGGGAGAUUUCCACGUCAACAACACAUCAUGGAACAGCAGCAUCAGUCAAAACAGCUUCAACAAUGACACAGAUACCAACAACCAUGAUGAUGAUGAUGAUUUCGUUAUUCGAGCCCUCGAUAUAGUGGAUUGGAUCAGUAUUUGCAUCGGGAUUCCUCUGACUCUGGUGGCCAUAUUUGCUGUUUUAUCAACGGUGAAAAGAGAUCACGUUGCUCCAGUUUACAUCUUCAACCUUCUGAUUUCUGAUCUCAUCCAGCUCUGCAGCAGAAUUCCUCUGAUAGUUCAUGGUUUCCAUGUUGUCUCUGACAUUCCCCUUGAUGUUGGCAUUACAGCCAGUGUUGGGUUCAUGAUGUGUGUCUCCCUGGAAAGGUAUCUGGUCAUUGCCAAACCGCUGUGGUACAGAUUUAAACGAAACAUCAAGAUAUCUGUGUUGGUCUGUGUCGCAGUCUGGAUCCUUUGCUUUCUUUUUAUCCUGACCAUGUACCUCACUCUGGAGCCAGAGAUGAGUGCAACAAUUUUUGGUGUUUUUCUUCUCCUCCCUCUUCCCUUGUUCAUCUUCUGCCUGGUUGGAAGCAUCAGAGCUCUGUCUGAAGCUCGCAGAGUCCCUGCAGAGGAAAAACGUCGAAUCAUUUCAAUCCUGGUCAUAGUGUUGCUUACUUAUGUUCUGCUUUUUCUGCCCAUUACAAUAAUUUUACUGUUGGAAGGAGCCAAGAAAUUUUUAAUCUUAAAGAUUGUUUUUGCAAUUUGUGUUUAUCUUUGUCCUCUUGCAGACUCAGCUAUGUGUAUUUUUCUGAGGAAAAGUGCAGUUGACAGGGUUUUGACCUCAUUGUGUUUCUGUGUGACGUCUAAGAAUCAGGAGAUCAGCAACACUGAUGACAACAACAUGUCGACUGAACAUACUACAGCAGUUUAGGUGCCACUGAUACAUAAAUGUCUUCCAAACCUACUUUUCAGGGAUUUCUUUUAAACUAUAUGCUUUAAAUUUUCCAUGACCCUUUGGUUUCCUUCUGAAUACUAAAACCCAACAACUGAACCUGUUUGAUUCUCAGAGUUGUCUCAGCUUCUGAAUCUCAGACAUUUUUUAAAAAGACGUUCAUAUAACUGUUUAUCUUUGUUUAUCUCACAUGUUGAAUUUAACCAGGUACAACAUUUAGUGAAAAAGUUUCUGUCAAGAGAAAACAGUAAGAUUAGUUUUAUUGAGCUGUGGAUUAAACCAAGUCAGAUUUUUGUGAUGUUAAUGUAUUCUGAACUACAAACAAUACAUCAUAGUAACAACACAGACACUUUGAAUCAGUGGGAUUUAAUUGAAAUCUGCAUUUUAUAGAACAAUCACAUUCAAUUUUACUAGAAGAUUCUUUAAAUAAACGCAAGAAGGGCUAAAAAAACCAACGACCUUAAUGACUCCAAACCCUCCCAGGAGGGACGGCUUGAAGUUGAAGUUGUAGGUUUUUAAUUCUGCAAACUGUUUUAUUUCAUAUUUUGUAACUGUUAAUCUUAGUAUGCUGUUAGUUUUCCUCAUCUACAGUGUUCAUAAGGUGAUGUAACUUUUUCAACCAAAAAAAACCAUCUCUGGUUGUGAUGAAGCAAAACUGCUGUUUAUCUCCUCAGAAAUCAACAGAAACCAGAAACGCCUCUUGGUUUGCAUGAUACAGAAAAGGAAGCAGAGAAAUUUUAAUACAGUGUUUUGUAGCUACAGCAGCUUUAUAUAAAUAUGCCUUUUUUAACAUUUCUGGACUCUCCACUGUCUUAUCAUAAAACCAUGGACUAUUUUUAAUGGAAUUCAUGAGGCACAGAAAGAUGAGAUGGAAAAAUUUGAAUUUCUUGGUAGUUAAAAAAUGGAUGCUGAGUGUUUGUUGGGGCUUUGUGAUAAGAAAUCUGCUUGCUGAACUACAAUGUGAAAGUUUGUUUCUUUAAUCUAUAAUCUUGUCUCUUCAUCUGAAAGAAAAACUUUUUAUUCAGAUUAAAACUAUCUUGCCUUGCCAAACAAUGUUGCACAAUUGCAUUACGUGACAAUAACAUGUGACUAUGACUUUCAAUGUUUGGCUCGAAAAGUUUUAUUCAUUUUGUACCUGGAGCUCAGUUGGACCUGCUUCUCUCAUGUUUUGUGGUUGUUGCCCUCAUUAUUUGACCAAAACCUUUCUGCAGGUAGAGACUGAAUCAUCUCCACCAGUCAUGUUCGGCUUCUUAUCAUAAUCCAAACAGUGAAUGUGUGAUUAAUUGAUUAAUUGUCUUCAAAUUCAUCUUAUAUAUUGUUUCUUGGUUUUUGUCCAGAUGUUUUCAAGCCUUUAUUUCUGUUAGCUAUGAUUCCUGCAUCAAGUUAAUAAAAAACAUUUUAAAUGCA